CGCCGGGCGGAUGUCCUAUCUCAGAGAUCAAUAUAACCUCAACUCCUAUAAAAAAUUGCUCUAUCCCUAUCCAAAAUUACAAAGUGAUGCGUGUCGUCGCAUUGCUUAGGCACUAAUAAUGACCUCGGUAGACAUGCAAGAAUGAGGUCAGAUCUGACCAACAAGGGACAAUAUGUCUCCACUAUUACAACCUUCGCCUGAUCGCAACCCCCAGGAGACCCCGAAGACAGCUCACAGACAUGCGCCGAAUGCAGAUGCUGAGAACUGGAACGGCAAAGGCAUACCGACGCUGAGGGCUGGGGGGCGACCGGACGGCACGAACACGCCUUACUCUCCAAGCAGGGAGCCGUCACCACACAAGUUGCCACCACUGUCGGGCACGGGGAACCCGCCUACAUCCGACCCAUAUACCCUCGGAAACCUCUCCCCUCGAUACAUACCCUCUCGGAGUCGAGCUGGAAGCGCUAGCGUGGAGAACUCAGGGGAGCUUAAACUCAUGCCGUACGGGCAUCACCGGCAGACGUCGAUCGUCCAUGGGAUUCAACAUUCCGGGAACGGCAGCCUUGGGCCCCUGAGUCCCCAGAUUAUCGCGGCUGCGGGGUCUGCCGCCGGGGAUGCGCCAACGAUGGGACGAGCGGAUAACGAUGUGCCGCCUGCAUUUUCGAUUGCUAGUCCGUCCUCGAACUUAUCGUUCAGCGCGAGUGCUGCCAGCUCGACCACAAAUUUAGUGCCGGAGCGUGUGUCGCCGGGCGAGAACAGUGUUAAUACGCACACGCAGAAGAGGAUCGAACGCAUGCAUAGCGGAGCUGGAAGGCGCGAACAUGGGCACCACCCUUCCCACUCGAGGCAUCAUUAUAAAGAGGAGAGCAAACCGGUCGGCGAAUACGCUUUACAUGUGCUUUUCACUUCGUUCAUUGCGCAGGCCGACGAGAAGAUUGGCCAAUGUAUAACAACCCCCCUCGAGCCGGAGCCUCAAAUCGAGCGCAUAUGCGGCCAGUCUGCGGACCCGAACUUCGACCAGCUUAUAUCUGCGCUGGGGCAUAUUGCUGCGCAGAAGCCUAAGCCGCUAAUAGACACCCUUAUGUUAUGGCGCAAGAAGAAGAGUGAUGCUGCCAGUGCUGCUCGUAAUGAGCUCCAACAAUACCGCAAUGUCACAGGAGCGGUUGGCGGCGGGAUAGCAAGGCGCAACACAGAACCAGGAAACCCAGGACCGCCUGCGGAUGCAACAGCACAGCCUAACCUCUCCCUUGCCACCAUGCAAAACAGCGUGGCCCAAGCAGAGCGCCGGUCAACUGUGUCUAUAUAUAUAUUAUGCAGGGUUCUCACAGAAGUUAUUGGCCAAAGCACGCUAGCACGCAUCACCCCAGAGAUGGAAGAAAAGCUAGAAGGCAUUAUCUUCAGCCAGCUAAAGAUCGCCGAUACGGAAUCUCUGGCAUCAUCACCAUUGAAACUUGCAAACUGGCAUCUAUUUAGUCAGCUUUUAGGUGUCAUGAGCAACAUCAAUUUCCAGAGCGUUACGGGACGAUUUAUUGCGGAUCUAGAGAAGUCGCAGCUCGAUUUAGAGGGGCGAAAUCAAGGCAACCGCGAAAUAGAAGGCAGGAUGGAGCUUGUUCUAGGCGGGAUGAAACAUUUGCGCAUCAAGACCUACCCAGAAGCCUCCUGGGAGCAAUCAUGCGACUUCAUGGUAUCAUUGGGUCGCGCUUUUGCCAAGUCCCAUGGCCAGCGAGUCAAAUAUGCAUACUGCCAGAUUUUGGAUGUCAUGUUACUUCCUAUAGCUGCUGUUGCCGCAGGGACUGAGCUCAAUGUCCCAAAGUGGUCAGAGGUCUUGGUCACUAUUGGCCAAAGACUCGCAUCUAUGAUGGCCAAACCUCGCCAUUGGCCUAUAGCUUUCCCUCUCACAGCUACGCUUCUAUGUGCCUCGCCUCCAGAGACAUUUAACACGCAAUGGCUUCAGCUUAUACUACCCUUGCAGUCGAAGCUCAAGGAUCGCUUGACAAGAGCAAGUUGUCUCCAGGUUAUAUCAAGGCUCCUAUGGACAUAUGUAAAUAGGUGUACCGACCCGCCAAAUGCCACUUAUAGAAAGCUUGAAGAAGUUGUCAGGAUGGUGCUACCACCCGGGAAGAAGACACACACCAUGGACCCGUCCAUAGUGGACCCCCUGAUCGAGAUUAUAAGAAUCAUUGGCUUCAAACACCAGGAAUUCUGCUUCCGUACAAUCAUCUUUCCUCUUAUCAACUCGGACCGUUUUGCUCCAGGGAAAGACGUCCAUUCAGUCAGAGUGGACCAGCUGGAGCCAGAGAAGAUGGUUAUUGGGAUUCGAGCAUUCCUCGCUAUUAUGGCCGACCUGGAGAAGGGAGAGUCGGGCAGACCUCCGUUCCCGCAGUCUUACCAGUCCAACCUUCACAGCGAGAGACUCCCAACAUCUCCAAUCCUAGCAAGCCCAAAGCGCAUCCCAUCGCAACCUCUGGCAAAAGAACGAGCUGAGCGUCUUUCUCGACCAGUAGCAACAUCAUGCCUCAACGAUGUGGCUAAAGACUACUAUAAGCGCUUCUGUGAAAUCCUUGGAAAGAUUACUAUCAUCUGUGACGAGACCUUUGGUGGCCAGGCUGUUCUGGAUGAGAAGUUUAAUUCUCCUACGCCGAAAACUCCUAUUGUUGACUCCUUCAACUUCUCUCGCAGAGACGAUAUCCUAUCGCCGGUAGAGCAGAGACAUGGGUACUAUGAACUAUUACAUGUGGCAGUGCAAGCUUUGCCCCGGUGCUUGUCAGCCGACAUACCCUUCAAUUCAUUGAUUAACCUCCUAUGCACUGGUACUGCUCAUGUGCAGCAACGAAUUGCAGAUUCGUCUGCGCAAUCAAUUAAGUCCAUCGCUCGCCAGUCGCAUGCCCAACAAGUCACAAUCGGGUUUGCCCGCUUCAUAUUUUCAUUCGACGACAAAUACUCCACCAUGUCAGAUGGUGGCAUGCUUGGCCCCACCCACGUAGAGAAUACACUGAAGCUCUACGUCGAAUUACUACAAAUAUGGAUAGAAGAGAUCAAGCUACGAUCCAAAGAAGCUGCAGGAACCGGCUCAGACGAAACCGGAUCCGAAAAGCGUGGCGCACCCCUUGAUGUCUCUGGUAUUUGGGCGCACGUCGAGGAAGUCGAAUCACACGGACUGUUCUUUUUAUGUUCACAGUCGAAAAGAGUACGCAGCUUCGCUGUAACAGUUCUCCGGCUAAUCACGGAGUACGACGCAGCGCUUGGACAGGAUAAUGUCCGACUAAUUCAGAUCCUGGAAGGCGAUUCCGCGCGCGUCAUGAGCUUCAAUGACGAGCAUUUGACUGUUGCCGAACGGAGUAGACUCCAAAGAGGUUUGAAAAGGAGUAACUCCCAGAGCGCUCUUGUCGAAUUAUGCAGCAGUGACGUUUCUUACGAUACCACACUAUGGUUCAAGAUUUUCCCGAACUUGAUGAAGAUCAGCUAUGGACGCUGCCCUGUCGUUGUGACUCUGGGUCGCGAGCUGAUUUGCGAUCGCAUUCUGCAAAUGUAUAAGGGUAUUACGGCGCUGUCGGAAGCCCGAACACCCCAGCAUCAGUAUGAUGGCAGCGGAUCUAGGAUAGGCUUCCGCCCGUCUACUACACCGCCAGAAGUCAUGGUAGAGCAGUGGAAGCUAUACCUCAUAGUUGCUUGCACCACCCUUACCGAGAUGGGUGGUCCGCAGCUGCAACCGGCUACUCAGAUGCAGCAGCAUUUGCGCAACGGGUCCAAGACGGCGCUGGUCCAGCCUAAGAUCAACUCUGCUCGGACUUUGUUUAAGUACAUUCUACCGCUUCUAUCAGUCGGACAUCCUUCUGUACGGGAGGCUGUUGUUGUUGCGCUCGGUUCUAUCAAUAUCAACAUUUACAAGACGUUAUUGGAGGAGUUUCAAGACGCUGUCAGCAGAUGCAAUGAUGAUGCCAGAGCUCGCAUACACCAGAGGACAGGCAGCAGUUCUCGACGGAGCAGACGAACUGACACUCUUCGGACGGAGGUCACUCAAGUAUACCGCCUAACCGCACACUUCCUCAGAGAGGAAUCGGUAUACUCAGAUGAUUGGAUCCUGAACAACCUCGUUGUAUAUGCCAAGGACCUCAAGUUAUUCUUGAUGGACGGCGAGGUACAGAUGGAUUGGGAAUUCCAGAAACUACGACGCCACUACUGCGGUCUGAUGGAAGAGCUCUUCGAAGGCAUUAAUCGGACAAAAGAUCCAUCACGCUGGAUGACGUUUGAGAUGCGCAAAUCUUCAUUCGCGCUGAUGGAGGAUUGGUGCGGCUACUCGCCGAACCAGGUGCAGAUCCAGCACAGGGAGGAGAUCAUGAAGCAAAGCAUGAUCGAUCGGCAGACGAUUGGCGAGCGCCCGACCAUAAAUGCAGCUAUGGAGAAGGAGAAGAAUAGUCUUAGGACUGCAGCUCUUAGUGCCAUGGCUGCCCUGUGUGGUGGACCGAUUAGUGUCACUACGGAAAGCAAAGCUAACUUGCAAUUCGAUCUCCGGAGAAUGCUACUCUGGAUCGACGCCAUCUUUAGCACCGAGAGUGAUCGCAUGCAUGUCAUUGGCAGACGUGCUCUAAAAAAUCUUAUUACGCAUAACAAAGAGUAUCCAUACCUCUUGGAACACUCUAUCUCGCGCUGCUACACUGCUGAAGUGCCAAAGGCGCUACAUAGCUACUUUGAAGUAGUCACACAAGUAUUGCUGGAACACCCAGACUACCCUGUACCGUUUUGGCGGACCCUGGGCAUCGGAUUGUACACGCUGGGCAGCGACCAGAGCGAGAUCCGCUCGAAAUCCACCACGGUCCUCCGCGCCCUCGAGGAGCGCCAGAACCGAAACUCCAAGAUCCAAGAUUUCGACAUCAGUAUCUCCGAUAAGACGAAGGCGGUCUACAAGCGUGCCCAGUUCGAGAUCUCAAUGCGCCUGGCAAAGCACCACUCUGACUCUGCGUUCCUGAUAUUCUCGGAAUUUACUGUCUAUUUCAAGAGUCUCAAGCCUAUGGCUCAACAGAACAUGGUCGCUACGAUAUUACCUUGGAUUCAGACUAUCAAGCUACAAGUCGACCCCAAUGGCGGCCCUACUGCUCAAUCAUACGUGCUACUAGCAAACUUAUUCGAGAUCACGAUCAAAUCAAGCAGCGCACUACAUAACGAGGUGCAAGCUCUCUGGCAAGCCCUAGCGACCGGCCCGCACGCUGGCAAUGUACAGAUCAUUCUCGACUUCAACAUCUCCCUCUGCCUAGACCGACGCGAGCAAAACUUCGUCGAGUACGCCAAGCAGAUCGUCGUAUUCUUAUCCAGCACUCUGGCGGGCGUGAAGGUUGUGGAGUUCCUCUUAAUGCAGAUUACGCCGAAAGCCAUGAUUCCUAACGAGAAACGGGAAUCCCCCCCGACACCACCGGAUACGAGCGCUAUGCCGUAUGUUGCUGAGCUCUCCGAGGCUCUUCCUGUGGGGGCGAAACAGGCUGGAUUUUCGCUUGGACAGCUGUCGCUCAUAUUGCUGGUUGAUCUUAUGGUGGCGCCUGUUCAUCUUUUAGCGGAGAGUGUGCCGCUCUUGUUGCAGGUUGUUACUGUGCUGUGGGAUCAUUAUACGCCCCUCGUUCAAGACCAGGCGCGGGAGAUGCUUAUUCAUCUUAUCCACGAGCUAGUAAUAUCGCGUAUUGACGAUGAGACGACCGUCCCGUCUAAGAGAGAGAUUGAGGACCUCAUUGAGGCAAUUAGGCGCCACGAUUCCAAGAUUGUUUGGGCGUACGGGGAUUCCAAUGGGAAGGUCGAUGACCGAGACAACAAGGUGCCUACCGCCAUGGAAAAUCUCGCCACGCAAGUCGUCAAUACAUUCGAAGUGACAUACCCCGGCAUCAAGGAGCAAUGGGGCAAACUAUCAUUAACCUGGGCGACGUCCUGCCCAGUUCGCCAUCUCGCAUGUCGUUCUUUCCAGAUCUUCCGCUGUAUCCUGACAUCGUUGGACCAGACUAUGCUAGCUGACAUGCUUGCACGGUUAUCAAAUACGAUUGCUGAUGAGGAUGCUGAGAUUCAAACAUUCUCGAUGGAGAUUUUGACGACGCUGAAGACUUUGAUUAGCAAGUUAGAGCCUAAGGAUUUGAUUACAUUCCCGCAGCUAUUUUGGACGGCGUGUGCGUGCUUGGAUACUAUUAAUGAGUUGGAGUUUAUGGAGUCGUUGGGGAUGUUGGAUGAGCUACUUUUGAAGCUGGACUUGUCAGAUGCCAUGGUGGUGAUGAUGUUGUCCGAAGGCCAGCCGCCAAAAUGGGACGGCAAUUUUGAGGGUCUCCAGCCUCUUGUCUACAAGGGUCUUCGCUCGUCCUCGUGUCUGGAUCAGACAUUGGUGACUCUGAACAAGCUCGUCCAAAUUCCAAGUGGGGAUCUCGUUGGGAACGACAAUAGACUUCUCUUUGCUAUCUUAGCAAAUUUCCCAAGCUUCCUACAUUCAAUGGAUCAGGGCGUCAUCGACCCCGCUAUUGCGGCAAACGCGAGGAUUUUAGCAGAGGUGGCGGAUUCUCAAGCAUGCGGCACGAUUUCCGUGGCUCUGGGCAACUUCGCAGCAUCUAGGUAUCGAACAAGCAAGGAUUUCCUGUCUCAGCUUAUUGCUGCUCUUCGGGAUAAUUUCUUCCCGAGGUGGAGCUUCCAGGCGCUUAAGUUUCUGAUGGGCUUCUUGACGAAUAGCUUGCCUUGGUUCAAGGUUAAUACGAUGCGCAUACUUUGCGUAUUUAUUCCAGAGAUUGAUAUGCGCCUGCCAGAGAUUGCCUCGCAUGGUCCAGAUAUGAUAUCGCCAUUACUGAGACUGCUCCAGACCGAGUUCUGCACACAAGCACUGGAAGUCCUCGAUUGCAUCAUGACAAUGACAGGUACGCCAAUGGACGACCACCAUCUCCGAAUGAGUAUGGCCGGCGGAAGAUCCUCAAAAGCAAUCCGCAAAGAAUACGAGCGAACCCAGAGUCUCUUCGGCAUCCCCGAAGACUCCGGCUGGUCCAUCCCCAUGCCGGCCAAGCACGCCGAAACCACGCGCUCCAACGUCCACGCCGCCUUCUACAUGUGCCAGAACGCCGAGAGUGCCGACCUCGAAGCCGCACCCAACGCAGACGUGGAAUUCCACGUCGAUGAUUUCCAAUACGGCUAUUUCCCGCCCCAAGAUCGCGCUGAUACCAUGAUGUCCGAUGAGGUCCGCACGGAUGGCAAUAUCGGUGACCUUGUCAAUAAACUCGAUAGUCUGGAUGAUUUCUUCGAAGAUACACUCCAGAGCCCCUCUAGCGACGGCCGUUCCUCGCGCACCGUCACUGAGUUUGGCGGGGAGUUCGAGUCGGGCGCUGAGUUAUACGAUGAGCAGACCCUGCCGAUCCUAACCCAGUCACUCGGUCGCACAUCGAGCACAACAUCUUUCCAAAACGGAUUCGCGGAUAUGCGCCCAGGACUAAUGAGUCGCCAACCGAGUUUCAACUCCAUGAACCCCGGCGCAUUCAGCAAGCAACCCACCUCCUCAAAUCGUCGAAGCAUGCACUCCCGCUCUGUGACCUCGCCCUCCGCGCCGUCCUCGCACCAGCCCGACUUCAUGUCCGACGACGAGUACGCGGCUGAAGUGUUCUCGGACGGGGAAGAAGGGCGCGCGACGCCGGGGGAGGGGGGGUUCUUUCUGGAGAAUAUGAUUAGACCCCUCGCGCAGCAGACGAGGAGUGGGAUGAGGAGGUUGACGGGGGGGAGGACGAGGGAGAGCGAGAGGUUGAGGGAGCAGGUUAGGAUGGAGGCCAGGGGGAUAACGGUCCCGAAGAGUCCGAUGGUGCCGAAGGUGCCGAGGGAGUAUUUGAGUCAGGCGAGGCAGGGGGGCCCGCAGGGGAAGGGGGCGGGGGGGGUGGAGGAGAUUUAGAGGGGGGUUUAAUUCGGGAUUUAGGUGAUGGGGUGCAAUGUUUGGAUAGGGAUACCAUUUUGAUAUAAGAGUUUUUUUUGGUGUGGUUUGAUGGGUUGGAUGGGCGUUUUUGGAUGUUUGAUGGUCUACGAACCAGUGGGGGAUGUUUUGGUUUGAAGAUUUAUCUGGUAACAAUAGAUAUUCUGAUAUAUAUACCUGAUCAUCGUCG